GAUAAGCCAGGCAAACCUCGGUGUGAUUGAAGAAGCCAGUCUGAAACUCAGCCUAGUUCAGGCAAGCUCCUGACUGGCACCUGCUGCUCCAAGCGAUUCUCAGAAUGAUGGUGUUCGCAUUUUGGAAGGUCUUUCUGAUCUUAAACUGCCUUGCAGGUCAGGUUCGUAUGGUGCAAGUGACCAUCCCAAACACUUUCGUGAAUGUGACUGUUGGGUCUAAUGCUACUCUUCUCUGCCUUUAUACCACCACUGUGAAGUCCCUGGACAAGCUGACAAUCCAAUGGUCUUUCUUCCACAAUAAGGACACGGAGCCAGUUUCUCAUGGCUCGCAUCCCAGUACUGAGGGUAUGGAGGAAAAGGCAGUCAGUCAGUGUCUAAAAAUGGUGCAUGCAAGAGACGCUCGGGGAAGAUGUAGCUGGACCUCUCAGAUUUUCUACUCUGAAGGUGGACAAGCUUCAGCUAUUGGGCAAUUCAAGGAUAGAAUUAUAAGGUCGACUAAUCCAGGUAAUGCAUCGAUCACCAUUUUGCGUAUGCAACCAGCGGACAGUGGAAUUUACAUCUGUGAUGUCAACAAUCCUCCAGACUUUGUCGGCAAAAACCAAGGCAUCCUUGACGUCACUGUGUUAGUCAAACCUUCCAAGCCCCUUUGUACCAUCCAAGGAAGACCAGAAGCAGGCUACCCUAUUUCCUUGUCUUGCUUUUCUGCCUUUGGAACACCAUCUCCUGUGUAUUACUGGUAUAAGAUUGAGGGAAACACCAUUGUGCCAGUAAAAGAAAGUUUCAACUCGGCCACUGGAGUUUUGGUUAUCGGAAAUCUGACAAAUUUUGAACAAGGUUAUUACCAGUGUACUGCCAUAAACAGUCUUGGCAAUAGUUCCUGUGAAAUUGACUUAACCUCUUCACAUCCAGAAGUUGGAAUCAUCAUUGGGGCCUUGAUUGGUGCCCUGAUAGGUGCUGCUGUCAUCAUCUCGGUGGUGUACAUUGCAAGGAACAAAGUGAAAUCACAGCAAAGGAAGAGGGACUUAACCCCCAGCACGGAACUUGAACCAAUGACAAAGGCAAGCCAUUCCCGAGACAAUGAAACGAUUCCAGCUGAAAACAUCCAGCUAGAAGCAACUCUGCCAUCUUCCAUCCAUGAUACCCACAACACCGAACCUGCUACCACCAUCGUAGAGCCAGAAUAUGAGCCUAACCCCCCGCUUGAAAGUAACACACAGCCUGAUCCUGAACCAGAGCCUAUGCCUGUGUCUGAGAUGGAGAUCCAGCUAGAGCCGGAGCUGGAGGUGGAGCUGGAGACAGAGACAGAGCCUGAGAUCGAGCCUGAGCUCGAGCCUCAGUCUGGAAUUAUAGUUGAGCCUCUGCGUGAUGAGGAAAAAAAUCCAGUUAAGGCAUAGGCGUAGAUAGGUAUGGCCUUAAGUGUGGCAGUUCUUACUUAGGAACCUAUUCCUGGCUUUUAAAAUUCGGUGGACUUAACCAGCCUCCAGUUUGUCCUUCCAUCAUGGACAACCCUCAUCUAACAACAUUGCUCAUACUCACCAUUAAUCCAAAAUAAUAAAGGCAACUACUAAAGAAA